CUGCUCCACUCCCGACCCUCCCCAAAACCACCUCCAAACGGGAUCAACUGGAGCCUCAAUCCCACAACCAAAAGUCCACCUUACAAACAACACUUUCUUCGCGUGUUGUCUUCUUUGGGUUCGCGACUCUCUAUCAUCAAUCGGCCGGAAAGCUUAUUCUGAAGAAUCUCUUUUUACUUGCACUCGAGUAUUCCUUUUCUCGGCGUGCAUCAUCAUCUUCGACUGGGUCAGCGACUUUGUUGUCUCUCGUCCCACAAAACUUUUCCACGAGGCCUUCGACGAGUCCCCGUACAGACGUAGGAACGCGUCUCGAACUAGCAACAAGCAAACUGCUCUGUGCGCCUUUGUCUCGACAAAAGGCCGACAGACAAGUCAGUGGAUAGCAUGGACGCUUCCCAGUACCCUACCAAUGGUAUAAACACGACCUCGGCCUCUUACCCGUCGCCCCCCGCCAUCACGCCUCACCAACUCCAGCACACCAACUCCCCGCUGCCUCACCAGACUCUGCCGCCUUUGCAGCCGCAGACUUCCGCCGCUAUGAACCAGAUGUACGGCAGCAACCCUCACACGCCUCGCACUCCCGCGACUCCCAACACUCCGGGCUCGCAGAACAACAUGCCCGCUUACCCCCAGCAACAGCAGCAACAUCAGCAGCAGCAGCAGCCCGGUCGUGGUGGUCCGUACCAGCAAAUGGGCCAGUAUCCUCCCCCGCCCCAGGGCUACGGCACUCAGUCUAUGCUGCCCCAGACCACGAUGGCUUCUUCUCAUCCCCAGCCCAUCGCGCCCGCUCCGGCGUCUGGCCGCGUUCCUCCCGUCCUUCGCCCCAUGCCUGCUGGCGGCGUUAUGCCCCAGCCCGGUAUGAACUCUCCCUACGGACCCGGCGGUGUCAUGCCUGGCGGUCUUGGUGACAGCGACCAGCCCACCCAUGUUGUCGGCUCUCAGGGUCGUCGCGGCAUCCUGCCCAGUGCCCCCGGACGUCCCGCUGCUACUCCCGCCGGCGCCGGAAACACCAAGAGCACUGUUAUUCCGGUCAAGGACGCCGAUGGCAAGUUCCCGUGCCCUCACUGCACCAAGACCUACCUUCACGCCAAGCAUCUGAAGCGUCACCUUCUGCGCCACACGGGCGACCGCCCCUACAUGUGCGUGCUGUGCCGCGACACUUUCUCGCGCAGUGACAUUCUCAAGCGUCACUUCCAGAAGUGCUCCAUUCGCAGAGGCAACCCGACUGGUGCUAGUCACCUGUCCCACCCUCAGGCCCAUGUCAAGAAGAACGCUGCCGCGCAGAAGGCGGCUCUUGGUCAGGAUGGCGGUCUCAACCACCUCAACGGUCUUGGUAACAUGCCUGCGGAUGGUAUGGUUCAGCCUUUCGGUAUGAUGCCUGUGCAGGACGGAAUGAGCAACCUUGCAAACGAUCAGAGUCAGUUGUCGCGCUCCAGCAGCCUGACUAGGCUUGAUAAUGGCAGUAACCAAGACAGACGGGAUUUGACAGGAUCUGUCAUGGAUGCUUCUGGCCGAGGUGGCAACUUCGAGCAGGCAUACAACGGCAAUGUCCCUAGCUCCAUGACGCCCAAUAUGAAUCAACAGAUGCAAAACUACAAUAUGCCCCCGGGUCAAAAUGGAAUGUCCAUGUAUGGCGGGUCGAACUCGAACCAACAAUCGGGCCUUGAUUGGUCUCAAAUGUUCCAGGCUGGUGCGCAACAAACCUACGCAAAUCAUCAAUUCCCCCCUAAUCUUGGACAGACGCAGAUCGCAACCAAACCCGAGCCUAAUACCGGCGCCGAAAGAACACAAGGUGCUCCUGACCACCAAAACCACCCCGAAUCCCUCUUCUUGUCGACCUGGGGCGUGCCGCCAUCGAUCCAGGACCCCUUCACUCAACUCUCCAACCAGAUCCUCAACUUCUUUUACCCUCCAGGUUCCUCGAUAACCAACGAAAGCGCCGGCUUUAACCUUUACUUCUCGGCCGAAAACAUACGCGACUUUUUGGAAAAGUACACCCACUUCCACGUCCACUUUCCUAUUCUACAUACUCCCACGUUCCGUAUUAUGGAGUCUUAUACUGGCUUGCUGGCCGGUAUGUGCUGCAUAGGAGCUUGCUAUUCUGAUCGUCUCUCUCCAGACCAUGUGCGCGACAUGAUGAACUUUCUUAAGUCGGCACUGGUUCGAGACGUGCCCUUUCUGGCCUCGACGGUAGGCGGACAGCAGCAGAAUGGAAACGCUAGCGCUGGCGCCUCAAGUCAAAAUCAACGCGAUGUUGAGGAGCUGCAAGCUGUUAUGCUGCUCCAGAUUCUGCUGAUUUGGAACAGCACCCCUCAACACCGCGAGAGUGCUCGCGAGAUCUUCCCAGCCAUGACGGAGCAGGCUCGCAAGCUUCGUCUGUUGGAGGUCUCCACCAGAAUGCCCCUCUACAGUCCGCUGCACCAGAGCAACUUUACCCCUCAGAACUUGAAUGUCUCCACAUUCGAUUGGGGUGUGUGGGUUGAACAGGAAAAGCGGAUACGCCUCAUGCACAUCAUCUUCCUUUGCAACUCCGCCAUGGAACUUUAUUUCAACGCCCGCUCUCAUAUCGACAGCCUUGAGAUGCACAUUCCGCUGCCAUCCGAUGAUGCGGCAUGGGAUGCACGGACGAAGAAGGAUUGCGAGGACGCCCUUGGCCUGCACGGAGAGGAAUUGGCACGACAAAAGAAUCCCAACGGGACUCAACGCAGCAAGCAGCCCGAAAUGAGUUAUGCCCUCCAGACAUUGCUUCACAACUCGUAUCAGAUUCAGCCAGGCAGAACCAACCUUUACGGCAAGUUCAUUCUGAUACACGCCAUUCUGUCCAUGAUCCGGCGAGCUCAGUUGGACGGCAGUGCCGUGAUGAAGGGGUACGCGACACCUCCCAUGAGCGACUGGAUGACAAAUGGAUCAUCGGACGCCAGCGGUGGCAACAGCGGUAGAGGUACACCUGUUGACCCUGCCGUCCAAGGCGUUCCAUCUCACGUUCAUCACACCUUUCUCAUGGCAUUGCAAAAGUUCAAAACCAACUGGGACGCGGACAUGAUCAAUCAAUUCCCACCCGGAUCGGCAAAGAAUGCUCGCAGAUAUGGAUUCUCUAGGGACGGUAUUCACUUCUACUGGCUUGCGAAAUACCUCCUCAAGUACACAAGAACGUCGGAGCUACAGAUGGAUCCGGACGCGCGGUUCAUGCAGGUGAUGCAACUUCUCAAGUCGGUGAAGGCUUGGGUGAUGUCGGAUGGGACAACACGAGGCGAGGAAAUGGGAUCGGUUGGAGAGAUCGACAAGGAUUUUGGAGUGGCGAACCUGACACUCGACAUGGCACGACUUUUUAAACCUCUUCCGGCGGUGGUGGAGGACCCAGGAAUAUCUUCUGUUCAAACGGAUAUCGGCACGGCGGGCGGCGGCAUGCUCUGACAUUACAAAAAAAGAGACCAAUUGCAUUUGGUGGGCGUUUGUUUUUACUCGAUUUUUUUCUUUCUCUUCUUGUUUUACUGUUAUCCUCACGGAUCCGUUCUCAUCAACUCAUGUGCUUGCGGAAAAGCAUUAUCGAUUCCAUACUGCAUCAAAGCCGGAUCGACGGUGGUUAGUUCUGAUAUGCAUCUUGUGGCGGGCGGUUUUACGCAAUGAUAGACGGGGAGGCGGAGUUGGCACUGCAUUAGACUGCGAUCAGAUAGAACUUGGGAGGCUCUCGGGUGGCACCAACGGUGGCUCGAUGAGGUUGUCACGAUAUUCAUGGCUUUUCGCUCAUAAUGAC